ACGGAGUCAGGCUGGAGUGCAGUGGUGCAAUUUCGGCUCGUUGCAGCCUCCGCCUCCCAGGUUCAAGUGAUUCUCCUGCCUCAGCCUCCCAAGUAGCUGGGAUUACAGGCGCACACCACCAACCCACAUAAUUUUUGUUUUUUUAGUAGAGAUGAGUUUUCACCAUGUUGGCCAGGCUGGUCUCAAAGUCCUGACCUCAUAUGAUCUGCCCACCUCGGCCUCCCAAGGUGCUGGGGUGACAGGCAUGAGCCACCACGCCUGAAAUGCCAUUUUUAUCAUACGCUGCAGACUAAUGCAUCCUCAGUGUCACCUCCCAGCUUGAUGUGGGACAAGCCACCAAGGGUGUCCUCACCAUGGCCCCGCUCAGGCCACCAGUUGGCUAUGUUUGCCCCUGCCACCCCAGGCACACAGGAGUUCAGGAGUCCUCUCUGGCCUUGCCUUUAUCCUGGGGCAGCUGCAGGUGACAACCUCUGGAAGAGGUGGUAAGAGGAGCCAGGACACAGGCCAGUCUAAGGGACACGCUCCUCCCACAGUCCUGGAGAGGGGCCUGCAUGUUUCUGCACCUGGAGGGCUGGGCCAGGGUGGGGAAGACUGGGGAUGGGGGGGAGGCUGGACCCUGCAGGUUCUUGGACCUGUGGUCAAUCGGGAAGCCAAGUCCCUGAUCUGCAGUGAGGCUGCGGCUGCCAGCCCCUUGAAUAGGCACAGUAAGCACCUCCCAGCAAUGCCACUGUGCAGAAGAGAUGCCAACAGUGACAAGGGGGGCCAGGAUGGUCCCCAAACCAGACACCCCAUCUUCACCCUCUGCCAUUUUCCUUCUCCAGGUCAGCCCUGGGGCCCUGGCACAAGCUCAGGAGGGGAGAGAGGCCAUGCAAAGUGAUCACACUGGACCCUCUGCCCUGAGAGCCUGGGCACUGGGAACGAGAUGUACUGUGAUUUAGAAGAAUGCGGCCGGGUGCGGUGGCUCACAGCUGUAAUCCCAGCACUUUGGGAGGCUGAAGCAAGAGGAUCGCUUGAGCUCAGGAGUUCGAGACCAGCCUGGGCAAUAUGGUUAGACCCAUCUCUACUAAAAAUACAAAAAAUUAGCUGCGCAUGGUGGUGCACGCCUGUAGUCCCAGUUACUCAUGAGGCUGAGGGUUGAGGCAUGAGAAUUGCUUGAGCUCAGGGUGGUUGGGGGGAUGGAGGGUAGAGCUGAGCUGGGAUAGUGCACCACUGCAUCCAGUCCGGGUGACAGAGUGAGACCCUGUCUCAAAAAAAAAAAAAAAAAAAAUGCAUCUUAUACCUUGAGGGUCAUGGAGUCUUUCACGCCUUCCUCUCUGUGUGUGUGUAUGUGUGUUUGUGUGUGUGUGUGUGUGUGUGUGUGUAUUCAGGUCAACUUCUGGAAUUUCUGUUUCAUUUCUCGGAUCAAUCUGUCUGUUCAGGUGUCAGUACUAGACUAUUUUAAUCCCUGUAUUUAUGUAUGCAUGUAUGUAUGCAUGUAUUUAUUUUGAGACGGAGUUUUGCUCUUGUUGCCCAGGCUAGAGUGCAAUGGUGCGGUCUCAGCUCACUGCAACCUCCACCUCCUGGGUUCAAGUGAUUCAUUCUCCUGCCUCAGCCUCCCAACUAGCUAGGAUUACAGGUGCCCACCACCACGCCUGGCUAAUUUUUGUGUUUUUAGUAGAGAUGGGGUUUCACCAUUUUGGCCAGGCUGGUUGAGAACUCCUGACCUCAAGUCAUCCGCCCGCCUCUGCCUCCCAAAGUGCUGGGAUUACAGGCGUGAGCCACUGCGCCCAGCCAAUCGCUGUAUUUUUAUAAUCUGCUUUGUUCUGUAAAUGAUCCCUCUUGAGUGUAACUCACUAGUGGACUGUGUCCUUCUUUGGUGAAUGUCUCUUUUUCCCAUUAAACUGUAACUCUCUGAGGGCGGGGACUGGAUCUGUUUAUCUGUUUAGUUCUCCCACUGAAUCCUCACUGUUAACCUAGGGGUCUGGCACAAUAAUUGUGUCCAGUAAUUUUUUUUUUUUUUUUUUUUUGAAGCAGGGUCUUGCUGUGUCACUCAGGCUGGAGUGCAGUGGUGCAAUCAGCACUCACUGCAGCCUCGAACUCCCAGGCUCAAGUCAUCCUCCUACCUCAGCUUCCUUAGUACCUGGGAUUACAGGCACAUGUCACCAUGCCCAUCUAAUUUUUAAAUUUUUUACUUUUUCUUUUUUUUUUUUGAGAUGGAGUCUAGCUUUGCUGUCCAGGCUGGAGUACAAUGGCAUGAUCCUAGCUCACUACAACCUCCGCCUCCUGGGUUCAAGCGAUUCUCCUGCCUCAGCCUCCCAAGUAGCUAGGAUUACAGGUGCCCACCACCAUGCCCGGCUAAUUUUUGUAUUUUUAGUAGAGAUGGGGUUUCACCAUGUUGGCCAGGCUGGUCUCAAACUCCUGACCUCAAAUGAUCCAUCCCCCUCGGCCUCCCAAAGUGCUGGGAUUACAGGCAUGAGCCACUGCGCCCAGCCAAUUUUUAAAUUUUUUCUGGAGAUGGGGUACUCGCUAUGUUGCUCAGGCUGGUCUCAAACUCUAGGCCUCAAGUCCUCCUGCCCCGACCUCCCAAAGUGCUGAGAUUACAGGCAUGAGCCACUGUGCUCAGCCCCAACAAUUAUUUUUGACAGAUAACAGGGAUGUCUCCUUGCUCUCUGUGUCUGGCCAAGUAGCCCCAGGUGACACUCGUUUUUUUUUUGUUUGUUUUUGAGACGGAGUCGUGCUCUGUUGCCCAGCCUGGAGUCCAAUGCCGUCGUCUCGGCUCACUGCAAUCUCCACCUCCUGGGUUUAAGUGAUUCUCCUGCCUCAGCCUCCAGAGGAGCUGGGACUACAGACUGGACUCUGAAAUGGGCAUGUACAGAGACGAAGAGACCCCAACAUGCUUCAGGCUUUGAGUGGAGAGGACACAGCCUCUGCUGGGACAGGGAACAGAGGGAUGUGGAGUCCCUGAAGAUGCUUUUGGACAAUGGUCUGAGGUUGGGACAGUGGCAGGAGAUACCAUUCACCCAGGAUCUCCAGGACAAGAGAUCAGCCUGGCAGUUACAUGUGUUUUUUUUCAAACUGGUUGCCAGGUUCGCACGGACGAUGACAUCAGAGAUUCCGACCUUCCUGAUUGGAGGGACCGGACUCCGUGGCGCCUGGAGAUCAGUUGGACAACAGUAUCUUCUCAGAGCUGUUCUCCACUCCCGACUUCUCCUAGGCUUGAGAAUUGAUAACAUACUCUUCUGGAUCCUAGCAGUGUCCAGAAGAAGGCCAUGGACAGAAUGGAGACUAGGUUCCAUAAGAGGGGACAGAUUACGGGAAAAAUCAUGACCAGCCGUCAACCGCACCCCCAGAAUGAGCAGAGUCCCCAGCGGAGCACCUCGGGAUACCCCCUCCAGGAGGUGGUGGAUGAUGAAGUGUUGGGACCAUCAGCCCCUGGGGUAGAUCCCAGCCCCCCAUGUAGGUCCCUUGGCUGGAAAAGGAAGAGGGAGCGGUCAGAUGAAUCUGAGGAGGAGCCGGAGAAGGAGCUCGCCCCUGAGCCUGAGGAGACCUGGGUAGUGGAGAUGCUGUGUGGGCUCAAGAUGAAGCUGAAGCAACAGCGCGUGUCACCCAUCCUCCCUGAGCACCACAAGGGCUUCAACAGUCAGCUUGCCCCUGGGGUAGAUCCCAGCCCCCCGCGUAGCUCCUUUUGCUGGAAAAGGAAGAUGGAGUGGUGGGACGAAUCUGAGGAGUCGUUGGAGGAGGAGCCACGGAAGGUGCUCGCCCCUGAGCCCGAGGAGAUCUGGGUGGCGGAGAUGCUGUGUGGCCUCAAGAUGAAGCUGAAGCGACGGCGAGUGUCGCUCGUGCUCCCUGAGCACCACGAGGCCUUCAACAGGCUGCUUGAGGAUCCUGUCAUUAAAAGAUUCCUGGCCUGGGACAAAGAUCUGAGGGUGUCGGACAAGUAUCUCCUGGCUAUGGUCAUAGCGUAUUUCAGCCGGGCCGGCUUCCCCUGCUGGCUAUACCAACGCAUUCAUUUCUUCCUGGCUCUCUACCUGGCCAAUGACAUGGAGGAGGACGACGAGGACUCCAAACAAAACAUCUUCCACUUCCUGUAUGGGAAGAACCGCUCUCGCAUACCCUUGCUCCGUAAGCAUUGGUUCCAGUUAGGCCGUUCCAUGAACCCGAGGGCCAGGAAGAACCGCUCUCGCAUACCCUUGCUCCGUAAGCGUCGGUUCCAGUUAUGCCGUUGCAUGAACCCGAGGGCCAGGAAGAACCGCUCUCAGAUAGUCCUGUUCCAGAAACGUCGGUUCCACUUCUUCUGUUCCAUGAGCGGCAGGGCUUGGGUUUCCCCGGAGGAGUUGGAGGAGAUCCAGGCUUAUGACCCAGAGCACUGGGUGUGGGCGCGAGAUCGCGCUCGCCUUGCCUAGAGCUCCAGGGACCGUGGAGGCCUGAGGUCAUCGGCCUGAGAGAAGAACACCGGACCCAGGGGAGAUGUGGAUUUUCAG